CGCUCAAAGAAUCACAUUGAUCUUUAUGCCUCUUGAGGGAGGAAAAAGUAUUAAAAGUUAACAAGGCGCAAAACUUGAAUUCGGAUUCGAUGGUCACAAUUAUCGUCCAAGUGGAAAUUGUUUCUCGAAGUGUUCAUACAUUUAUCGAGAACAGUGAUACAUAUAAACUUGAAGAUUUUGUUUCGAUUUGAGUCUCAAAAUUGUCCAUCGAUUGGCAAAAGGAAAGAUUCGAGUCGAAACUAAAAGUUUACAUGUUUAUACUUGUUCUUGUUAUGAGAAUAAGAGAUGUCACUAUGGAGAUCGAUUUAGAACUUUGUUCUAAGUCGAAAAUGAUUCGUUGAGAAGAGUAACAAAAAGUAUGGCGAAAAGUUUAUCUUAUUCGUUAUUCAGUUCUCAGAAUCUGAUCAUCCUCAUUCAUUUCCAUUAUUCUUUGUGAUCAUCGUCACAAUCAAAUGGGUGAAACAGAGUUAAUUUUAAUUGUUCAACUCAAAAAUUUACUGGAUUUAUAAUGUUAACCAAAGUGAUUGGAUUAAUUGAAUCAACAAUUUGUAGUGAUUUAAGUGAUUUAACCAAAUUAACAAAUGGAUACUAAUGUUGUUUGUUUUUUUCUUUAACUAAAUUAGUUGAUUUUGUCACAAUUAACUUAGUCAUCAACCAUCAUCAGUAUAUCAUAAUUACAAUAAUCUUCAUCAAUCAUUGAUUAGUGUUUAAUUUUUACAAUUAAUUUCGAUUGAUUGAAAAACUUUUUUUCCUCUCAAAAAUUACCAUUCAUUAAACUUUUAUUUACUUUCAAUUGUUCAUCAUCAGUAAUAAUUAACAUUGAUUGUUGAUUGUUCAAAGUUAAUUGAAAAUGUUGAUUCGAUCGGAAAUCAAUUUUUUCCUAAUGAUUAACAAAUUGUUCCAAGUAGCUUCUAUCUUAUUAAUAAUUGGUGAUGUUAAUUUGGUUAAAAGUGUUUCCGGAGUUCCUAGAGUAGUUAAAAUAGGAGCACUUUUCACGGAAGAUGAAAAAAAUGGCCCCACUGAAUUAGCCUUCAAGUACGGUGUUUAUCGUGUCAAUAAAGAUCGUAAUUUACUAACUAAUACAACAUUAAUUUACGAUAUUCAAUAUGUCUCAAAAGAUGACAGUUUUCAUGCCUCGAAAAAGGCAUGUUAUCAAGUAGGUUCCGGUGUAAGUGCCAUUUUCGGCCCUCAAAACCCGCUCUUGGGUAAUCAUAUACAAUCCCUAUGCGAUGCCUUGGACAUUCCUCACAUGGAAUCACGAGUUGACCUUGAACCUGAGAUUAAGGAGAUCUCAAUUAAUCUAUAUCCUAAUCCAGUAAUCACCGGUGAUGCCUUACGUGAUUUAGUUAAAUAUUUAAAUUGGACCAAAAUUGCCGUUAUUUAUGAGCAAGAUUUGUCCUUGAUUAAACUUCAACAAUUGGUCAAAGCUCCAAUGCCCAAAAGUGUCCAGUUCAUUUUUCGGAAAACUGACCCUUCCGGAUUCCGACAGAUCUUGAUGGACAUUAGGACUCGUGGUAUAUACAGUGUGAUAAUAGAUACAAAACCAGAGCAUUUACAUUUACUAUUAAAAGCAAUUUUACAGAUUCAAAUGAACAACUACAAAUAUCAUUAUCAUUUCACAACUUUUGAUAUUGAAUCUCAUGAUUUAGAAGAUUUUAGAUAUAACUUUGUUAACAUGACUGCCUUUCGAAUGGUUGAUUCAGAGGAUUCAAAUGUGAAGGAAAUUUUGAAAGACAUGGAAAAAUUUCACAACUAUGGACCAUCGACCAACAACAAGACCCAUGUGAUAAGAGCGGAAUCAGCACUCAUGUUUGAUUCAGUGUAUGCUUUUGCUCGAGGACUUCAAGCACUUGGUCGGGGAACCACCCUGAGGCCAAGUAAUGUUUCCUGUAACGAGGAAAAGCCUUGGAUUGAUGGUAGUAGUCUUUUCAACUACGUCAACGCCGCUGAAUUUAAUGGACUUACAGGGAGAAUAUUAUUCAAAGAGGGUCGUAGGAACACUUUGAAACUUGAUCUGCUCAAACUGAGGAACGAUAAACUUGAUAAGGUUGGUGAAUGGACAACAUGGAGUGGGUUGAAUGUCUCAAAUCAUGAAGCUUUCCAUGAAUUUGGUUCAAACAAUGUGACCCUUAAUAUAACCACAAUUAUCUCAAUUCCCUAUGUAAUGUAUAAGAAAGGUAAUUGGACAGGUAAUGAUAGAUUUGAAGGAUUUUGUAUUGAUCUACUGGAGGCAAUAUCUAAAUCCCUCGGCUUCAAGUAUGAUCUUUAUGAAGUUCCGGAUAAAAAGUUUGGAGCGGAAAACACAACCACCGGGGAGUGGAAUGGUUUGGUUAGAGAAAUUAUUGAUAAGAAUGCUGACCUUGCUGUUGCCUCUAUGACAAUCAACUAUGCUCGUGAGAGUGUAAUCGAUUUCACCAAGCCUUUCAUGAAUCUUGGAAUUGGAAUAUUAUUCAAACUUCCAUCUCAAGCACCAACUCGUCUUUUCUCCUUCAUGAGUCCUUUAGAUGUUGAUAUUUGGUUAUACGUUCUCGCUGCGUAUAUUUUGGUUUCUUUUACAAUGUUCAUUGUCGCUCGAUUUAGUCCCUAUGAGUGGCAAAAUCCACAUCCAUGUGUAGCUGAUAAUGAUAUUAUGGAAAAUCAAUUUUCUGUAGCCAAUUCUUUUUGGUUUACCAUUGUAACACUUAUGCAUCAAGGUUGUGACCUCAAUCCUAGAGCGAUCUCAACUCGUAUUAUCGGUGCCAUUUGGUGGUUUUUCACACUUAUUCUCAUCUCAUCUUAUACUGCCAAUUUAGCGGCUUUUCUUACUGUUGAACGUAUGAUAACUCCCAUUGAAUCGGUUGAAGAUUUAGCAUCACAGUCAAAGAUUGCCUAUGGUACUCUUGAUUCGGGUUCAACGAUGACCUUUUUCCGUGAUUCACGAAUUGAAACGUACCAGAAAAUGUGGAGAUUCAUGGAGAAUAAGCCAAAUGUUUUCGUCUCCUCGUAUGAAGAAGGUGUUAAAAGGGUUCUCGAAGGUAAUUAUGCUUUCCUCAUGGAGUCAACUAUGUUAGAUUAUAUUGUCCAACGUAAUUGUAAUUUAACACAAAUUGGAGGUUUACUGGAUUCAAAAGGUUAUGGUAUUGCUACUCCAAUCGGUUCUCCUUGGAGGGAUAAAAUAUCAUUAACCAUUCUUGAUCUCCAGGAAAAAGGAGUUAUCCAAAUGUUGUAUAAUAAAUGGUGGAAAAAUUCAGGUAUUGCUUGUAAUCGAGAUGAUAAAAAUAAAGAGGGUAAAGCAAAUGCCCUGGGUGUUGAUAAUAUUGGUGGUGUUUUCGUUGUCCUAAUGGGAGGAUUAGCAGUGGCCAUUAUAACUGCUCUAGUUGAGUUCUGUUGGAAUUCAAAGAGAAAUGCAAAUAAUCAAAGACAAUCCCUUUGCUCAGAAAUGACGGAGGAACUUAAAUUUGCGAUGAAAUGUCGUGCAUCACGACAAAGACCAGCAAUGCGAAGACAAUGUUCAAAAUGUAUGCAAAAUGUACCAACUUAUGUGCCCGAUGGGAUCGACAUUAUGACCCAAGAAAAUGGUAUUCAUCAUGUUCUUGAAACUCGAAAAGUACCAACUCCAAGUCUCCAAUAUGAGUGUGAAUGUACUCAUCGAUGAGAGAUAAUCUUUUAACCAUCAAAUCAAAUUAAUCU